CUCCCAAAAAAACAGCAGCUACGCAGCGAAAAGACCUCCUCUGUAUCCUGUUUGCAAGCUAACUUGAAAUAGAGGAUCUCAUCUUCUGCUGCUCACCCUGAAACCCAAAGGUUCCCAAAGCAACUCUCUGAAAUGGCUAUGGUGUGUCUGUCAGACUUUGAAGCUUAUGCUAAAAAGUAUUUACCUAAGACUGCUUGGGAUUUUUUUGCAGCUGGAGCAGAUGAUGGGACCACUCGAGAUGACAAUAUCCUGGCAUAUAAAAGAAUUCGUUUCCGGCCACGCAUGCUGCGGGAUGUAUCUGUGAUGGACAUUAGGACUAAGCUCCUAGGGACUGAAAUCAGCUUUCCUGUAGGAAUUGCCCCUACAGGCUUCCACCAGCUUGCAUGGCCUGAUGGAGAGAAAAGCACAGCCAGAGCAGCCAAAGCCAUGAACAUUUGUUACAUUGCCAGCACAUACUCCACCAGCAGCCUGGAAGAGAUCUCUGCGGCUGCCCCCGGUGGCUUCCAAUGGUUCCAGCUCUAUAUCCACCGCAACAGGGCGGUUUCUAAGCAGCUGGUCCAACAGGCAGAGGCCUUGGGUUUCCAAGGCCUAGUCCUCACAGCUGACCUGCCCUACACUGGCAAAAGACGGGAUGAUGUCCGUAACGGCUUCCGGCUUCCUCCACACAUGAGCCUGAAGAACUUGGAGGCAGCCUUUGAGGGCGAUGACCGUUCUGAGUAUGGACUCCCACCCAACAGCUUGGAUCCUUCAGUCACCUGGAAUGAUAUCUACUGGCUGCAGAGCCUUACUCGCCUGCCUAUCAUCCUCAAAGGCAUCUUGACCAAAGAAGAUGCAGAGCUGGCAGUAAGACACGGAGUUCAGGGUAUUAUUGUGUCCAAUCAUGGUGGAAGGCAACUGGAUGGAGGACCUGCCACUAUUGAUGCUCUGGUUGAAGUUGUGGAGGCUGUACAAGGCAGAGCUGAGGUUUAUUUAGAUGGUGGAAUACGAAAAGGCAGUGAUGUAUUAAAGGCACUGGCACUGGGAGCAAAAUGUGUCUUUAUUGGAAGACCAGCUUUGUGGGGGCUUGCUUACAAGGGUGAAGAAGGUCUUCAAGACGUUUUGAGGAUUUUGCGUGAUGAGUUUCGUUUGUCAAUGGCCUUAACUGGCUGUUCCAGUGUCUCAGAAAUUGGCCGACAGCUAGUUCAAUUCUCAAAGUUGUAAACAGCCUCCUGCAACGCCCUCUGAACAGGAGCAGCUCACACCGGCAAUUGAGGUCCCAAAACAGACUAAAGAGAGAAAAAGGAGGUGCAAAUGUUGAACCUAUAACAUAUAGCUGAUAAAGCCUUCAAAAAGCUCCUGAGGAGAUUAGGGAAGGCUCUGUGUUAGCAAGGAUCAUUCUUUGCUUUCAUUGAGGCCAAUAAGUUCUUCUUCAGAUAAUUGUUACUUGCUUAAAUACAUUUACUUAAAACUGUCUGUUCCCUGGCAUUACUUGUGUUGGGCCUUACUCUCAAACUGUAUUAUGUCUGGCAGCCAGACAUGCUAGAAAACUAUGUCCCUUGCUGCUUCUGCCUGAUCUUUCUACCUAGUCUGACUGCAAGUCCAGCCACAGGCCUUUCCUGCUGCAGGCAGGAGGUACCGUGACUGCUACCUCCAAUAGCCUGGGCUCUCCCAGGCAUAUUCAUAACAGAUAUGGAAAUUAGAUCGGCCAGCCAACAGGUACCCCGGCUCCUCUUUACAGUGGUGUCAUCUUGCCCACUGCUUCUAAAUAGAGAAAUGAAAUCAAUAGUAACCCAAGCAAUAUCGUGCAUGCCCCACAGUGUUCCUGGAUGUCCUUUACUACACAGUUAAUUUGGACUGCAUCCUCAGCAAGGCAACAUCCAGGCCCUAUCUAUCUUCAGAGCACAGCAUGAGCUUGUGGCAGCGCAUGAAUAACUCACAUGAUGCCCUGCUCUCUUUGCCCACGGAUGAGUGCAGCCAGGACAGGCUAACAGCAUUGGUCAAAGCUAUCUGUAACAUCAGACCAGCAUGUUAUGUUUGUCCUUGGAGGAUGGUGCAGAGGCAGCGCUGGGCUGCUGCCAGUGUAAACUCUUGCUCUCUGAGGUAAAAGAAAUGCAUGCUCAUCAGUUUCCUUUCCAAGUUUCCACCUGAGACACUGGUCUUGCCUGCCCCUAACGAAGCACAGCCUGGGCUCUGCCACCCACCUGGCCUCACCUGGGAGUGAUGGAUUCCUACUUUGUAACUAGGAGCUUUUUGUUGCUUUCUUUGCACGAGUCUUCUUUCACCCAGAUGUUUCCUUCUCUGUAGUACUCCUCACAGGACAACCUUGGACUACUCCAUCUAGUCUCUCUUUUCUUCUUUCUUCCCCAUUCCCUCUCCUUUCAUUGUCUCUCCUCUCUGUUCCUUGCCAACCCCUUUCUCCAUUGUUUUUCUUCAGUCCUCAUCUAGGCUAUUAUUUUUAUAUAUACCUGACUAACAUGAUCCUCCCAAUGGCAUGCACCUUUGUAAAAAUAUGAAAAGCAGGUGUAGCAUCCUGCAGCUGGGGCAAAAGCUGGUCCAUGUUGUGUUAGUGGGGGUGAUGUUGCUUAGGGUUUGUCUAUGUCAUAGGCUGCAGUAUGGCACAGGGAUGCCCAGGAAUUGCCUGGGGACUAGAAGCACAGGGCUCCUCUUGCUAAGCACAACAACAGUUUCUGGCAGGCUGUGCUUUAGUGCUACCUGGGCUAUGUGCUCCUAGGCUGUGUUUGUAGUCUCAUUGAUGUGUUUGCACUGUGCAGUAGUGGAGGUGGUAUUUGCCUGCUUCCUUUUUGGAUAUAGCUGUAGAACUUAAAAAAUAACUUAUCAGAACAAAGGCUACAAUCUAAUUUUUCAGCUUGCUCUUUUUGUGCUGUCUGUGAUUAGCCUUAGCUCCUGGAGCACUGAGAAGGUGCUUUUCACCACUUUUGCUUAUCCAAAUGCUGCUGGCUAUGAUGAUACUUCCACUAGAGAUGCAUUUGCUCUAAGUUACUCUAGCAAGGAGGUGUUUAACAACACUUUGUUGAUUUGUAGGCUUUAUGCAAUGCGGCCCAAUAAAUAUGUAAAUAGAACUCAUCUGAAUGGCUAAAAUCCCUGCGUGGACAUUUGAUCUUUGAUAUGAAUGUGGAGUGUAAAUCAGUGGGGAAUUGGCCAAGGCAAAUGGUGUGUUUAGUAAAGAAUCUCUAAAGAGGGUUUAACUGAUUUAACUACUCUGGCUUAAUCGGGUCUUUUAAAUAAGACUGGUAAACUAGAAUUGUUUACACAAGAAAACCACUUCUGUGUCCCAUCUUUAAAAGUGCAAUGUGAUCUUAAAAAUACCUGUUAAGAGCCCUGAGUUCUUGUGUUUUUAUUGUUAAUUUUUAAGGUCAGAUGCAGCCACUGGUGUAGCCACUACUUAUAUUGCACUUUAGGGCAGCAAAAUGGCUGAAGGAUACUGGGCAGCAAUGUGAUGCCAAAUGUCCCUUUGCACCAAAGAAGUGCGAACUUGCUGGGCACCUGCCCUGCUUAGUGCACCUCCCAGUCUUCCCAUGCACGCAGGGCUCCCCUUCUUGUACCCUCACAGCUCUUUUUAUGGUUCUCCUCUCUGCUAAUCACCUGGCCCUGCAAGAAGGGCAUUACUUCACCCAGUAAUUACUUGGAGGAAGGUGAACAGAGAACCCUUGGGGCACAGGGCUAUGCAGUUUUCAAACUUUGGUUCAGUGGAUCUGUAAUUGUAAGUGGCAGAGUUUCAACAAGAAAAUGCCAACUCUCCUCCCAUGAAACUGCCAAUAAGCUUCUCUGGUCAAGACACACUCCUGGCACACAGGAAAUGUAACUUUCCUUUAGGAGCAAAGGGCAUGUGUGCCCUCCCUUCCUGCUGAGCAUGCUACCCACUGGGUCCCAGUGUACAAGGGGCAGCCCAGCACCACCUCCUGUUGCACCAACACCUUAGAAGAACAAAACAAAGCUUGUUCAGCCUUAGACUUGCUAGAAGUGAAGCUUCCAGGUUAUGCAAAUGGAAGUGGCUGAAGGUGCCUACUCGCAGACCUGGAUCAGCUGGCUGAGCUCUGGAGAGGAGCAGGAUUUCCAGCAUGCUGUCUCUGAUACCUCCAGGAGGCUUCCCACUAAGCGUUUGCAUUGUUUUAGAUCUAGUUCUGGCUCCUCUGGAAGACUUAGUCACUAGGCUUUAGGGACAGAAGAGGAAAACAAGUCACAGGAAGUGAGUCAUUGCCAGUGACUAACUAGAGGCAGUGGAGUACUUCCAUGGCUCAGGACCUUAAUACUUUUCUAUGGGGCAGCCUGCUGCUUCUGUCGCCACUAGCUGGUAGUGAGAUUGAGCAGGUGUCUGUAGCAGAGAGUUCUUGGUGAAUGUUGCUGCUGUCUUCUGGAGCUGAUGCUGUGAAAUAGGAAGGUAGAUGGUGGGAGACUUGGACAACUGCACUUAAGCUCUGUUUCUGUGAAAAUGGGGUCCUCUGUCUCCCUGGUAGAUGACCAUCAAGGCCUGCUUCUAGUUCUCUGCUGUCCAAUUCCUGUUUUCUCUGUUCCUUUUUUAUGUGGUCCAGCAUAAGAAUUAUUGAUGUUUCUUUCAGACUUUCCUUCCUGUUUCACACACCAUGUUUGUUCCUUCUGAAUCCCCUCUCACUGAAAGAAAUCCUGUCUGUUUGGAGAAAUCCAGAUACUGAAAAAUCUUUCAUUUCUCACCUGCAUUUCAGAUAGAUGCAUUCCACUUGCAGUCUGGCUCUUUCAGUACUCCACACGCAGCAUAGCUGGCCUCCUCAUGCACCUCCCCAUGGCAGUCCAUGGUCAGAGCAGAGGUACUGCUCAUGGCUGCUGUGCUGAGGCAGAAAAACCUCUCAUUUCAGGCUCCAGAGUCUCAGCUUUCACUUAAAGCAAACAAAACAAGAUACUGGAAUGAAUGUAAUUGUUACAGUUAUGAAGAAAAACCUUCAGGGAGGAAAGCCAUAUUAAGAAACCCAAAGACAUCUGCUGGAACUGAAACAAUCAUGAUGGAAAUGCUCUACACUGCAGGGCUCACUUAUGAUCGCUUCAUUGACACCAUUGUUGAGUACCAUGACAGCCAAACCUGUUGUGAAGGAAAGGCAAUUUCAUAUCAUGAAAAUAAGCACAAUGGUUUAUUUUGUGAUUUGAGAAGGAACAGCUUGUAACGUCUUCUAUGUUUUUCCCAUGGCACUGAAGUUGGGGGAUGGAGAGCAGGAAGGCAGAUGGAGCUGAAUGGCUUCUGAGCCCUUCUAAAGGGGAGCCAGAAAAAUUGCAUCCUCUGAUCACGUUGUUCUAUAGAUUUGCUGUAGGAGACAGCAUAAACUUCUUAAACCAAAAAUAUUUGCAGAGGCCACUGAUUUGCAGCUCUCAGGAUCUGAAUGUCUAGUUCAGUACACCUGGAGCAAGACUUGAAGAGACAUGGGGCACUUGCAAGUGAGAUGAAGGUCAGCAGAAGGAGUUUGGGACUGUAGGCAGUCCUGAAUGAGCAGCAUUGGUGGAGCUGAAAUAUCCUGCCCUCCAGUUCUGUCUCUUGCUAUUGGCCAUUUGCAGUCAUACUAUUUUUCCGUCUCAUUUUCCAAACUAUACCAUGACCUAAAACACUCCCCCCCAGUCCCUUCUGCCCUUUCAUAUUGGCGUAUAUUAUGAGGUUGAGGUAAAUCCUGUACCCUUGGAUUAUUCCGACUUGUUCCCUGACAUUCUUCUUGCUGUGCACUGACUGGGGGCUGAUGGCAAAGUAGAAGGGGAUCCUGGAUUUAAAGACCUUCAUGGUGCACAAGAGGUAAAACCGAGACUGUACAACUCUUCAAAUCUGGCAUUUCGAAUCUUUUAAAUGUUUCACUCAUCAAUAUAAUUAAACUGAAUUUUAUUUCC